AUCCGCCGCCUCCCAACCAACUGCAACAUUUAUAACACCGUAUAACCGGAAGGAGGGGCUUAGGUAAGCAAGCGGAAUAAAGCAAGCUGCGAAACGCGCUCCUGACGUGCAGCUCUUCAGUAGCCUACUGUAUCUCGCAUAGAAAGGCAGGUGGACGACAACACGGAGGUUUUGUGAACCGGCAUUUGAGAGCAGCCCCCAGGCCAAACUGAAAAUAUGACUGAUACAGUAAAGAGAGAUUGUUAUUCAGCCAGGCAAAAGGAAAAUGGCGAAAGAACGUGGGUAGAUGAUGCUUUUGACGAAUCCUACAAAGAGAAAGAAGGCGUGUCGCCUCCAUUGAAGAUAGUAUGGAGAAAUGUUGUGCUGAUGACUUUACUGCACAUCGGAGCUGUUUACGGACUGACCCUGAUCCCUUCUGCUAAAGCUUCUACACUGUUAUGGGCAUGGGUGUGUUUCAUAAUUAGUGCCACGGGAGUGACAGCAGGGGCACAUCGGCUCUGGAGCCACAGGUCCUAUAAAGCUAAACUGCCAUUAAGAAUCUACUUGGCCUUUGCAAACUCCAUGGCCUUUCAGAAUGAUAUCUAUGAGUGGGCUAGAGACCACCGUGUUCACCACAAGUACUCAGAGACCCAUGCAGACCCCCAUAAUGCCAGGAGAGGCUUCUUCUUUUCUCAUGUUGGCUGGCUGCUGGUACGUAAGCACCCAGAGGUCAUUGAGAAAGGGAGCAAGCUGGACGUCAGUGACCUCAAGGCAGAUCCUGUCGUUAUGUUCCAGAGAAGGUAUUAUAAGUCGUCUGUAGUGGUGAUUUGCUUCAUCAUUCCCACACUGGUGCCUUGGUACUUCUGGGGGGAAAGCCUGUGGGUGGCUUACUUCAUCCCAGGCCUUCUGAGAUACGCUAUGGUCCUUAAUGCCACCUGGCUGGUUAAUAGUGCUGCCCACAUGUGGGGCAUGAGGCCCUUUGACCACAACAUCAACCCCAGAGAGAACAUGUUUGUUGCCUUCAGUGCUGUAGGGGAAGGCUUCCAUAACUACCAUCACACAUUUCCAUAUGACUAUGCUACCAGUGAGCAUGGCGGUUUUCUGAACUUCACCAAGGUGUUUAUUGAUUUGAUGUGCUACAUUGGACUUGCCCAAGACUGUAAGAAACCAUCUCAUGACACAAUCAUGGCUCGGGUUAAGCGUACUGGUGAUGGCAGUCACAAAAGUGGCUAAGUCAUUUCUAACAUUUCAGUAUCCGAAAUGUGUCAUGGGAAGCUAAACCAAUAUCUAAACAUAUUUGUGAAGCAAAGUGUGCAGCGAAGGUCCUACUCCAAUCUUACACUGCUUUCAGAAUUCUAGUCUUGAUUACACAGACUAAAGACCACUGUUUCUUUUUUGGCUAUUUUAUUAUGAAACUAUGUGUACUUUAGCACUGGAAAGUUUAAUUUGGACACAUGAUUCGCUCUAACUCUAAGGCACAGUAACAGUAUUGCUUAACUAGUGUAUUUAGCUAAAGGUAAUCAAUAUCAGUGGUGUUUAAAAUGUUCAAUUCACAGUGACUUAAGAACAUUUUUAUGAUAAACUAUGCAAGCUAUACAGUUACAACUUAUAUAACUACAUAUGUGCUAAUAAUCCCUUAGGCAAUUUCCGUUUACAUUCAAGUCGUCAUAAAGUGAUAAAAGUGAAAGAAGUGACAGAACGGAUAAAAGUAACAAAGUUUUAAAGCAACAGGUAAUGAUUUCUUUGUGCACUGAUGCUACUGAGUUGCACACUGACAUAUUUUAUUGUAAAAUCAAUAAAUUCUAUAACUAAAUUUUAUGUUCAAAAAUAGACAACUGUGCUGGCCUUUCAGAUUUACAUUUUUGUAAACAAAAAUGCUGAAUAAAUUUUAAUUUAUUGUUAAAAGUUUAACAUUGUCCGAACACUGAACAAAUUCUUAUUUUGAUACUACUGCUUAAAUUAUAUAUAUUGCAUAAAAAUCUUUCUCUUCUCACAGAGAAAUGAAAUUGCACAAAUUUUGGCACCCCUGAAUUUAGUUCAUAUUCCUUUAGGUAAGAUCACAAUAAUCUGUCUUCAUUUUAAUUAGGUGGAAGACUAUUAAAUAAUUUUUAGUAUAAGCUUUCAAUCAUCAGCUCCUCUGCAUUUCUGCCUAAAACUGAUAGUCAGGUCAGAGGACACAAAUUUUCAAAAUGGAAUUUGCAUUUUUAAAAGCACAACUAUGCUUUUUAAACAGCUAGCUCUUUUAUCACAGAGGAAGCUAACUAACAUAACCAGUUAAAAUUACCACUAGCUAAGAGUUUAACUUAAGUUGCCUGUCAAUGGUACAUUAUCGAGUUAAACUGAAUCAUGGGAUCACCUAUGGGCACACUGAAAAAUGUAUGGAUAUGCCAAGUAACUUAUACAUGUAAACCUCUUCCUACCAAGAGCAGGAGCGGUUAGAGCAAUAAUUCUAUCCACCAUGUUUUUCAAACCUUCAUUGAGCUCUAGUUCAUUGAACAGAGUUAUCAGAUUGCCUUCACUACAAAAGAUACAUUUGAUAACUUCAGAGUUAAAAGCCAAACUAAAGUACUUAAGAAGAUGAACGCAAUAUGCUGCCUCCUGUAUAGGACAGUGUUCAUCUAGGCAGUGUGAAAAUGCUGCCCAGAAAAAACUGUCUACCUACACAGCUGAAUUAAACUAAAUGAAACGCAGGAUUAGUGAUCAUAUUUGAAAGUGUUUAAAGUAAUAACAAGAAAGUGGGUACUGCUUAUUCAUUGUGGUACACUGUAUAGCUCAGCUCAUACAGUAUGUUUUCUCUUCUAUAUGACCAUCCUUCUUUAAUGCGAAGACCAUAGAACUCCAUGUACUAUAAUUUGAUGAAAGCGGAGGAUUUUCUCUGGAAGUUUUAUUUUUUUGGGGGGGGGGAUAUUGGCCUUGUCAUCUCAAAAUUUAACAACUGUUAUGAUUCUUUUUUCCAACCAAUUUCUGAAUUGUAUGUGGGGAGAAACAUAUGUACUAUUUUAUGCUGAAUUGUUUCUAAUUGUAAAUUUAUUUAAGAAUGUGUAAUGCACUAUAAGAAUUUGUGGGUUGUCCAUAAUAUCAACAGAGAUGUAUUUUUAAAGAAAAUUGUUUAUUAGAUUCCUUUGAUACGUGAAUGUAAGAUCAAGAUAAAAAUAUCUCCCAUGCCCAUUCUUAUACUGUUUAACAGUACUCACAGCAGGCCCUUUCUGUGUACACUGUAAGAAAGAAAAUUUGACUUGACUUAAAAUUUCAAGGAAACUUGCUGCACGGCUUGGUUAAAAAAUUGAGUUAAGUGAAGUUGAGUAAACUCAGCAAAAUUGUGCAGAAAGUUGCCUUGAAAUUUUAAGUUAAGUCAAAUUUUCUUUUUUUACAGUAUAUUUCUGUAGAUGAAAUGUUCUAUAUUACAGAAACUCUAUCAAAUACAGUAGGCCUAUAUAGGCUACUUACUGUAUGUUUUCUCACAUUAACCACUGAUAUUUUAAAAAUAAAAGUGAGUAUUUAUUAUUAUUUCUCUCGAUAUUUUACACCAGGUAUUUACCUGUAUGGAAGCCUUAAAGUAAGGUCAAGGAAAGUUGUCACUUUAUGUACAAUUGAAUAAAUAAAAAAAAAUUCUAAAAGUA